AUGGCUAAUGUAACAUCAUCAACAACCGUCUGUGCAACAGUCGGCGCGAAAUUUGAAAUUAUUAUAUAUGUUCAUGCUACCAUGGCAGCUAUACUAUUCCUAAUGGGAAUAUUAACCGCUGUUUUAAACGCAAUAUAUCUAACAGCUAUGUAUAAAUAUUCAUCCGAUUUUUCUGCGUCAGAUAUCUGCUAUGUUUCAUUGUCAAUUAGUGAUCUGUUGACUGGAAUGAUUGUUUUGCCAGGAUUUGGAGUGUUCUGGAUCAUUCACCUUGUUUCAAAUACUAAUUGCAUUUUGUAUAAUUAUCUUAGCCUGGGAACGCAUAUAUUGACAUCAGUCUCUUUGGUGACUAUAAUUUUAAUAACAGCCGAGCUGUAUGUCUCCGUGAUACAUCCAUUUAAAUAUGAAAAAUACGUCACGAUGAGAAGACUGUUUUGGAUAAACUUCCUUACUUGGUGUUUUUUAGCGACGUCAUCGUUUGCUAACUCCUUUUCACCAGUGGACCAACAGUACACCAAUCAAAGCGCAGCGGGUGCUGUUGUGAUUUGUUUGGUGAUUCUUCUUAUAUUUCUACAUGUAAGAAUUAAUUCAGAAAUUGAAAAGAUGAGGAAAAGAAUUCGACAUCAUUGUAUUGAAGCAAAAGAAAGUAUUAGAAACAAAAAGAAAGCUUUGGCUAUGAGUGUUUCUGUGAUGUCUUUAUUUAGUGUAUGCUUUUUGCCAUCCUCUGUCUGCGUUAUAUACAUCACGCUUGCAGGACCUUCAAAAUUUGCAGCAACGUAUUUUCUAUCGACUACUGCUGUUAUUUCGCAAUUAAGUGCGUUGUUGAACCCGUUUAUGUACUAUUUUCGGCUGGGAAGAAUAAGAUCGAAAGUUCGAAGACUGUUUAAAAAAGGAAUUAAUUCGAAUGUAGUGUCAGAAGCGAGCAAUGAAAUCACUUGUAACACCUUUCAUUAA